GGGUCUCUCGGGCGAUGGGAGACCGAUAAGCGAAACGGGUGGCGACGCAGCUUGCCGAGGAGGCCGGGCAGAGCGCCGGCCGCAGCCCCGCAGGCACCGAAUGGCUUUGUUUCCACCGGUGGAUUCUGUGGUGGCAGCUGCUAAGCUUGUUCCCAGUUCCCAGCUGGAACACCAGAAGAACAACUAUCAGCAUGAACUCAUACCUGAAAAAGAGGAAGGUUUAAAGGAUCUCUAUGCCCGAAAGAGCCGAAGCUAUUUAUAUUCUCUUUCUGCAGAAAGCAGUCAACACGGCUCCAGGCACAGAGACUUCUGUUCAGCCGGACUGCAGAGCAAGUAUCUCACCAGCCAGACCAAGACUCUGCCAGCUAAAUCAGUAGCCAUACAGAAAGAAGGAGUGGAUCGUGCCCAUCCCCUGAAACCAAUCCUUUACCACAAGGGUGUGAGUGUUCCAGUGGUCAACACAGCACAGCCCAAAACUUCCCCAUACACGGAGGAAGGUCCAAAUAGUAGGCCUAGCUCAAUGAGCAAAGGGAAGCCUCCAGCAGGGAGGUCUCAGCUAGCUGCAGUGCUGUCUCCUUGGACAGCAGAGCCUAAACAGUCAGCCUCCCAUCUAUACAGGAGAAAGCUGGCCUACAUCCUCAAGUUGGAGGCAGAUGGAUGGAACCUGGAAGAAGAAAUUCGAAAGAAAGAGGCCCUCCUCAGAGAGAAGCUGAGGAGAACAAAGGAGGAGCUUCGGAGGAUUCAAAGAGAGAAGGAGCUUGUUGAGGCAGAGGAGAGAAGAGACAAAGUGGAGAAGACCCAUGAGGGAAAAGCCGCAAGGCACCCUGAAGAGAAAAUAUUCAGAGUUGCAGUCAGGCCAGGUGAUGGGGUCUUUGGCGGGGUGCAGUCUGCAGAGGCCACUGUUCCCAAGCCUGGCACCACUCUCUACCCCCAAGAGCUGGCUAUGGGGAAACUCAAGAAGGAGCGGUUGGAGGCCAGCAACAGCAAAAUUCGAGACCACAAGCCCAUGGAGCGUUUAGCAUCUUGUUCAAAGCUGGCCCCAAAAUGCAGCCCUUCUCCCUCUGCCCUCUCAGACCGAGAGUCUGGUGACCACCCGUCUGCAGAGGUGCUGUACAUGCAGACUGCCAGUGCUGUGGAGCAGGGGGGGCUCGGACAGUGCAGCUUCUGCGGACGUAAGUUUCUCAGCACCAGGCUUGAGAAGCACACAGGUAUCUGCAGCAAGAGCCAAGGCUCCAAGAGGAAAGCAUUUGACUCCAGCAAGGCCAGAGCUAGGGGCACAGAACUGGAAGAGUAUCAGCAGUGGAAGAGCUCAGAAAGGCCUCAGAAUACGCCACCCAGAAGGAACAACUGGAGACAGAAGCACGAGGUUUUCAUCCAGACCCUGCGCCAGGCCCGCCAGGUGCAGCAAGUCCUCUCCAAAGGAGGAAAGGUGUCUGACCUGCCCCCAUUGCCUCCCAUUGAAAACCCAGAGUACAUUGCCUGUCCCUACUGCAGGCGCCGAUUUGCUCCCCAAGCAGCUGAGAGACAUAUUCCCAAAUGCAAAACCAUCAAGAAUAGACCCCCACCCCCACCGCAGAGCAGGCGCUGCUGAGGUGUCCAACUGUACCUGCUGCUGCGAUUCCCUGCCCAUUUUCUGCCAGGUUUCCAGCCACAGACACUUGCACUUUCCCUAGUCUCAACACUGGCUGCGAGUGUUGAGCUUGUAUGUACCACAAGUGAACAGCUCAGGAUGUAUAAGCAGAAUACUAGAACUUGUGUACUUUGACCUGUGCCCCGGGUUGCCCCACACGGGAUGCCCCAUCCAGUGAGCUCAACAUGGAGUCUCAGUGUGGGUGUAAGGCUGUCACUGUUCAGUCAGCUGAGCAGGAAAGAAAGGCUGUUGCUACAGGUUGUCAGCAGGACAGCAGCAAGGAGCAAACCAGCCAUCAGAAAGGGGCUGUUCUUCAGAAUCGUAUUUUGCCUGUAGGUUAGGGAGGCUUGGGCUUUUUUUUUUUUUUAACAACUAGAGGUGUCUGAUGUAAAGAGAGCUGCUCUCCUAUAGCUCACCAGUGGCUGCAGACUCAGUUUUUUUCCUUCUCCAAAAACAUAAAGUAGUGCUGUUCAUGGGAAGAAGAGCUGGGCCAAACACAGCAGCAUCUGCCUCGUCUGCUCUACUGCUCUGUAGGUGCAGAUGUUCACCCCUGAAUGUGCUAACAGUGACAGUGGUUCUGGCUGGUGUAGCAUUUUUAUUGUAGCUACCUACAAGAGAUGGGGGAUGUAAGGGGUGCCUCUUUUUUUUGCCACAGAAAGGACUCUCCAUCCUUCAAAACUAUUUAGCAUUUAGACAAGGCAUUUGGAGAAGUCAGAGGGAGGGGAGGAAGCUAUGUAAGCAGUUAACUUUCUUGCAGAGAAGGGACUGCUGUGUUCUUCUGUCCUUGGUAUCUGUACUAGACAACAGGAUCCAGAGCUGCUGCUUGGUCAUUGCUCUUGCUCUGUCCUAGUUGUUGUAACACUGUUCAGUUGAAUAAUGAAAGCAGCUAUGUAGGUAGGUUUAUUCCACACUUGCUCUGCAGCAACCCAAGAGUUUAUUUAGAUACUUUUCUAGAAUGCUGGUGACAAUCCUGGGGCUAAAUCUUACCAGCUGAAGAUCUGUAACAUUGCCAUUUAGAAAUCCAGUGUGACAGUUUGAAUUAGAAAAGGAGAACCAGGAGGAGUAUUAUUAAAUAAUUCCUCAACACAAGAAACUCAGGAUCGGAAAUUCAGGGGGUUAGGAAAGCUAGCAGUAGUAGCAGGCACUUAAUGUUUAAGUUCAUGUGCAUAGAGUAGCAGAGACACUCCGAACUGGCCAGGCCCUCGAGGCAACAGAACAACCAUCCUAAUGUGUUACCAUGUAAAAUAGCUGGGACUCAGAGUCGGGAAAGGGUGGCAGAAGAAAUAUUUAAUUAAAGAAUAAUGCCCCACAAGAUCAAAA